GACGGCCACGAACGAGUGAAAUUGUUCCACAAAUAUGUUCCACACAAAGAAACGUCAGAUUGCAAAACUUUCAGCCCUCAGUCUGCUUCUGAAUUUUGGUGAGCUCGUUUAAAUCUACGUUGUCCAUACAAUAAUUAUCGAGUGGUGUUGAGCUGUCUGCUGUUGUAAGUCAAAAUGAAGCUUACAAAAGCCAAACUGGCCGCUCGAAAGCGGGAAGAGGCAAAAAGAAAAGCCAAGGAAAGUUUACUGCAGCCGAAGCAAGAGCUGAACCCAGUGACACUGGAAAUGCAAGUGGAAGUUGAUCCGACUCAUCCAGAAGAAGUCAAGCAGGAACCACAAUGGGAAACACUGAAAGAUGUGCUAAAUGAGGAAGUCAAAGUGGAACCACUGGAGUCCACCGAGGAAGGCCCGGAUCCGAUCGGUGGUCAGCAGUUGACGGUUCCGGUGAUCCCAUUGCAACCGAAACUGGAAUACGAAACUGAUCGGUGCCAGUUCUGUUUGAGUUCCUUCGACGAAGUCGGCGGUCGAGCGUUUGUCAACCGACGGAAGGUCGUAUUUGUCCUGGGACUGCGAAGAGGAAGGAUUCGUCAGCAGAACCCAGAAUGCUGUCAAUGUUGCAAGCUACUGUUCGACCAGUCGUUCGGUUUUAAGAAGUCCUGCCUGGCUGCGUUGGCUAUUUCGGAGAAAGUGCUGGCCUCUGGUGAACGGAAGGACGAGUACGAGAUUGUCGAUUUGAAAGCAGCUUUUGGAAUCCCACUGAAAACGGCUGCCGAUCGGAGCGGGGAAAGUGGUAUGGAUGAGAUGGGAAAGGCUGGAGCUUCGUCACUGGCGGGAGAAGUAUCGAGCAUGGAAUGCAGUAUUUGCAAGGAGAAGUUUUUCGAAUGGUCAAAACUGGAGCAGCACUGGAUGAGCCAUUAUUCAGUUCCCGCACAAGAACCGACGACAGACCCCGGAUCUGUACCGGAGGGUCAACAGGGGAAAGAGCAGAAAAGUGUCGAGCUUUACUGCUUCCGUUGUCGAAAAUGGUUCCCAACUGAACCAGUUUUCACCCAGCACAAACCAUUGUGUACAGAGGCCCAGGAACCUGUGCCACAGGAUAAGCCUGCCAAAGGAAGUGGAGAUUUCUACUGUUAUCGGUGCCGCAAAUGGUUCCAAACGGAAUCCAUCUUCGCAAACCACAAACCGUCUUGUAUCGAGGCCACGAAAGAUAAGUAUCCAACGGAAGCCAUCCAGAUAAAUUCGGGCUUUUUAAGCAUGCAGUUCGAUUCGGAUGCCAAUCCAACUACUACGCAGCCACCGCCGGAAGAUCAAUCGAAAAAAUCCAAGCUCUACUGUCGACGCUGUCGGAAAAGGUUCCAGACAGAGCUGCUUUUCACGCACCACAAGGCGUUAUGCAAAAAAUCACAUGAGAAAAAGCCAGUGUUUGCGUGCCCGCAGUGCCCGAAGAAAUGCUCUUCCGAGAAAUAUCUAACGCUUCACAUCAACAAACAUAACGGAAUACGAACCAUUCCCUGUCGCCGCGAAGGUUGCUCCAAGCUGUUCCUGGACGCUACCGUUCGAAACAAUCACGAAAUGGCAUGCGGCAAAGAUGUUCCUGUCACUAUCUGCAGUGUGUGUGGUGCCACCUUCCGGUGGUUGGCAAGCCUGCAAACCCACAUGAAAAUCCAUGGAGAGCCGAAAUUCGCCUGUGAUGUGUGCGACAAAAAGUUCCACUCAAACUCCCGGCUCAAAAAGCACUCCGCAGUGCACUCAGAUGCCCGGAACUACGAGUGCAAAGUGUGCGGAAAACGAUUCAAGUCACACGAAGCUAACCGGGUCCAUCAGCGUAUUCACACGCAGGAAAAGCCGUACGUUUGUCACAUUUGUGGGAUGGCUUUCACGUACAACUGUUUGCUCAAAACGCACCUGGAGAAGGGACACGAUUCGCAGAACUCGGGCCGGAAGGAACUGCCUGUCCGGCCGGUCGCCACCAGUUCGUUCCAGUUUCCUCCUUCGAUGUGGCCUACGGAUGGAGGGUACUGAAAUGUCCUGUGCGAGUAACUGUGUGUUGCUGUAAUGAGGUAAACUUAUUACAGUUUAAUUUCUAUUAAUAAUUCGUCGGCAGAAAAUCAAAAA